AUGGAGGAGAGGCGAGGUCUUAGUGUUGAGCAGAUUUUGGUGCGGCACCCAGGAUUUGAUGAGGGCAAGACUGGAGUGCUUGGUGAUUCCGAGGAGCGUAGUCCGAAGUAUGCUGACAAGUUCCUAGACAAAGUCAAGCCGUUGCUGGUAGAGCCAAAGGUCAGCAAAAGUGCAGCAGGAGGUGCUUUCACAAUGCUCGAAGAGCCAAAGCUGAUGGACUUGCUCAACGAGAGUUCAAAGACCGUCCAACGCCACGUCCGCAGAUGCCGCACUUCUUUGAAGCAGAUGAACUGGGCAAUGACUUCGCUUUUGGCUCACAAGGAUAGCCCAUGGAGAGGCCUUGAGGUCAAAGGCUCCUUGGCAGAGCAUGGUUGCGUCAAACUGCUGGAGCUAAUGAAAUCAGGCAUGGCCGUGGGCAAGUUUAGCGAGGUGCACGAAGAGGAGUUUGCAAAGCUCGUGGACAAUCUUCAUAGGUUGUACAUGGACAUUUUCGAGCGACGCGGCCAGGAGCUGUUGAAAGCAGCGAUUCAAGCAGAGCUCAAUGUGAUUUACUUGCUUCCUGAAAGCGGUGGCCGUCUUCCAGAUGGUUCCCGAGUGCUUCUUCAGGACCUAGUUGCAAGGGCAGAUCUCAACGGCAAGGCUGGCAAGAUCGCAUCAUGGGAUUUUGCUUUGCAGCGGUACACAGUUGAGAUUGAAAAGGAAGAGAAGAAGAAGGAAACCGAAGCUCCAGCGAACCCUGACAUGUUCGGUUUGGGAGAUGUUGAAGAGGAUGAAGAGGAUGACACUGAAAAGAACCAGAUUGAACUGGCAGUGCCAAAGAAACUAAUGGUCCUACCAAAGAACGUUCUGGUAGACUUGAAUACUCCUAAGAAGUCCUUGGAUAGCCUUGUGAAGGACUGGAAUGUUUGGAGAAAGAGACCGCGAUCUGUAAGUGCAACUCAGGAUGCAGAAGCUGUGGCUGCGGCGCUUGGUCCGCCACUAGAGUCCAUGGCCAAUUUCCUGCAAGAUGCGGCACAAGCAGUCGCAACAGGGAGUGCAACUGGUAGGGAUGGUGCUGAGCUGAUUGCGGAUGACACUCGGCAGGCAUUGUCCAAUGCUCGCAAUUUGGCGGCCAAACUGCUGGGAGAAGAGCCACAGGAGCCUCCCAAGGCACCGCCGCUGAAUGAGCCCGCUCCGGCACUUGUCCCGUUUGAGAGCGAGACCGUGUCUCAGGCGCUUAAAGAAGCGGCCGAAGUGGCACAAGCGAGCAUUGAGCUCAACAAGGACAAGAAGGAGAAGAAGAGAUCGCGCUCUCGAAAAAGAAGGCGCAAGCGCUCAUCGUCAAGCUCCAGCAGUGGGAAGAAGAAGCGGAAGAAGUAG